AUGACAGAGAUGCAAACCAAAAUAACAGAGAUGCGAACCGAAAUGACGGAGAUGCGAGCCGAGAUGACGGAGAUGCGAGCCGAGAUGACGGAGCGAUUUGACAAGUUCCAAAAAACUCUGCAGCAAAUGCAGCGAGAGAACCUGGCCCGUUCAGCUGCUGCUCCCGAGAAACGACCAAUGUCUCUGGCAGAGCGACGCAAGGCAGUUGGCCAGCUCUUCGCAGUCGGCUUCCACGGGACUGAAACGAACGCGGAAAUCAAGUCUCUCAUCCAAGACUAUGGCGUGGGCGCCGUCGUUCUCUUCAAACGCAACGUCCAGGCCGCCGCUCAGCUGCAGUCUCUCUGCCUGGGACUCCAGAGACUGGCCAGGGACGCCGGCCACACGCGGCCUCUCUUUGUCGGCAUCGACCAGGAAAACGGUCUCGUGAGCCGGAUUUCGCCUCCGGUUGCGCCACAGCUGCCCGGGCCCAUGACGCUGGGCGCGACUGCGUCCUUGGACAGCGCGUACCGUGUUGCCAAGGCCACGGGCAACAUGCUGAGAUACUUUGGCAUCAACAUGAAUUACGCCCCCGUCGGCGAUGUCAACAGCGAGCCCCUGAAUCCCGUCAUCGGCGUGCGAAGCCCUGGCGACGAUGCCGCCGGCGUUGCCCAGUUUGCCGUCGAGUGUGCGAGGGGCCUGCGGGAGACCGGAGUCGCGCCCUGCAUCAAGCACUUUCCGGGCCACGGCGACACUGCUGUAGAUUCGCACCACGGCCUGCCCGUCAUUGACAAGACGAGAGAGGAGCUGGAGCAGGUCGAGCUGGUCCCCUUCCGCCGGGCGGCCGCAGAGGGCAUCGAAAUGGUCAUGACGGCGCACAUCUCGCUGCCCGGGCUGAGUGGUUCGCGUCUGCCGGCCACAUUGUCCCCCGAGGUUAUCGACAUGUUGCGCCGCGACCUCGAGUUUGACGGCGUCAUCAUGACCGAUUGCCUCGAGAUGGACGGCGUUCGAGCGGGAUACGGAACGGUCGAGGCCGCACUCAUGGCCCUCAAGGCGGGAGUCGACAAUGUCAUGAUUUGCCACACCUACGACGUGCAAACUGCUGCCAUCGACCGCGUCUGCGACGCCGUCAGCUCCGGAGACCUGUCCCAGGCACGACUCGACCCAUCGCUCGAGCGGCUACGGGUCCUGAAGGACAAGUACACAGACUGGGACGCGGCGCUGGGAGCUCAGCCGCCGUCGCACCUGGCCGACCUUAGCAGCGAGAACGAGGCCCUGGCCCGCGAGAUCUACGCCAACGCCGCCACCGUCGUCCGCUCGGAAGCGCGCCUCUUGCCGUUGUCCAGAACCGCCAGCACACUCUUCGUCUCGCCGGGCCUCAAGGUUCCCACCAGCGGCGCGGCGGUGAGCGGCGAGGCCGGGGUGGGGAAGACCCGCGUCCCCUGGGUUUCCAGCUCCUUUGGCGACAUCCUUCGCAGGUACAACCCCGACAUCGCCGACAUUCGCUUCACGGACGCUGCCCUGACGCCGGAGCAGUGGCGCCAGGUUGAGGACGCGCAGGUAGUCAUUCUGGCCACGAGAAACGCGAGAGAGUCGCAGUAUCAGAGGGACCUCGGGCUGCGGAUUGCCAAGAGACGGGCCGGCAAGACGCUCAUCGGCGUGGCUACAUGUAGUCCAUAUGAUUUCCUUGACGACGAGGCCGAGGUGAAGAAUUUCAUUGCCGUGUAUGAACCUACGCCCGAAGCAUUUGCGUCGGCAGCCGAUAUCCUUUACGGCGAGGCCGCGGCUAGGGGUAAAUUGCCUAUUUCUUGUUUGAAAAAGGGCUGA